GCGCCCCCUGGUCCCGCCCGCCAUGCCCGGCCCGGCCGCGGGCAGUCGGGCCCGGGUCUACGCCGAGGUGAACAGCCUGAGGAGCCGCGAGUACUGGGACUACGAAGCCCACGUCCCGAGCUGGGGUAAUCAAGAUGAUUACCAACUGGUUCGAAAACUUGGUCGGGGCAAGUAUAGUGAAGUAUUUGAGGCCAUUAACAUCACCAACAAUGAGAGGGUGGUUGUAAAAAUUCUCAAGCCAGUGAAGAAAAAGAAGAUAAAACGAGAGGUUAAGAUUCUGGAGAACCUUCGUGGUGGAACAAAUAUCAUUAAGCUGAUUGACACUGUAAAGGACCCUGUGUCAAAGACACCAGCUUUGGUAUUUGAAUAUAUCAAUAAUACAGAUUUUAAGCAACUCUACCAGAUCCUGACUGACUUUGAUAUCCGGUUUUAUAUGUAUGAACUACUUAAAGCUCUGGAUUACUGCCACAGCAAGGGAAUCAUGCACAGGGAUGUGAAACCUCACAAUGUCAUGAUAGAUCACCAACAAAAAAAGCUCCGACUGAUUGAUUGGGGUCUGGCGGAGUUCUAUCAUCCUGCUCAGGAGUACAAUGUUCGAGUUGCCUCGAGGUACUUCAAGGGACCAGAGCUCCUUGUGGACUAUCAGAUGUAUGAUUACAGCCUGGAUAUGUGGAGCUUGGGCUGCAUGUUAGCCAGCAUGAUAUUCCGAAAGGAGCCGUUCUUCCAUGGUCAGGACAACUAUGAUCAGCUUGUUCGAAUUGCCAAGGUUCUGGGGACAGAUGAGCUAUAUGGGUAUCUGAAGAAGUACCACAUAGACCUAGAUCCGCACUUCAAUGAUAUCCUGGGACAACAUUCACGGAAGCGCUGGGAAAACUUUAUCCAUAGUGAGAACAGACACCUUGUCAGCCCCGAGGCUCUAGAUCUUCUUGACAAGCUCCUGCGGUACGACCAUCAACAGAGAUUGACCGCCAAAGAGGCCAUGGAGCACCCAUACUUCUACCCGGUGGUGAAGGAGCAGUCCCAGCCUUGUGCUGAGAACACCGUGCUUUCCAGUGGUCUCACCGCAGCACGAUGAAGCCUGGGGAAUCGACGGGCUGAUUUCAUUUGUGGGAUUGGUCACUGACAUGGUUUGCCAGCUAGUCCCCUCUCCUUGGCUGCAGCCACGCCUCAGCACUGGGGACCUAACAUGCUUGAGAUAUCUACCACAUCACACUUAGGGUUUCUUCAGUAACUAUUUAAUAAUGCCAUACAUUUUUAUAAGGUUAGAUUGUUUGUUUGAAACAUCUGUUUACAUUCCAAAUUCCAAUAAACUUGUAUUGGUAUUGGUAGCAGGUCCAUUUCUAAAUGCAGAUUCUAUUUUGUCGUUUGGUCUGUGGGAACUUAAGGCAAAUGUAACUCUUCUCUUGCUAGUACGGAGUUGAGUUUAUAGAUUAAAAUGAGAUCUUGGGCCAGUGAUAUGGCAGGUAAAGGCAUCUGCUGCCAAGGCUUGAGUUCAGCCCCCAAACCUGGGUGAGAGGGGAGAACCUACCCCCAUGAUUGUCCUCUGUCCACACCUGUGCCGUGGUAUGUACACACACACACACACACACACACACACACACACACACUAAAUAAAAGUUUCAGGACAUAUAUUCAGUUAAAGUUUUCAUAGAGCUGCUGCCUCCUUGCAUUGCACCUUGUGUUUCCAUGUAUGUAUUUGUUCUUCCUGAGAGUUGGAAACAUAAUAUGGCAGAGACAUGACCUGUGUUAACAUGUCAAGUAAAACCUCGGGUAUUGGGGAUUACCAUGGGUGUUAUGUGCCAUCACAGGCAGCCUGGAUCCUUGGUGGUCAGGGGAGUCCUUUUCUGUUCUCUGACCCCCAUCUCCUUGAUGACCCAAGCUCCUCUUUCCUCUCUAAGUUGUUAAAGAGCCUGUUGGAGGGUCUCAGUUGAGCAGUAAUCCCACCUCUUUGCCCUGGGUCCUCCAGAGACAGUCAAAACAUCUGGGAAAAGAGUUGGAGACAUCCCACCCAGCUCCCAGCCCCCCUAUAUGCUCUGGGGGAGAGGUCCUUGAGUGACAGCUCAGCAGGGCAUGUAUGCAGCAGUGACUGUACUUCAUCUCUCUCCUGCCUUGGUCUUGAAAUGCUUGUUCCCUCUGGGUUUGUACUUAAUGCUUAGGCAGGCCUUCCCCAAAUUGCAGUAUCUAGUGGACCGCUUACCUGUCUCCAGAUCUAUCUUGGUCUAUCUGUAUACCUGCUACACCUUGGCCCAGCGCCCUGGAGGUUUUCCCUGGGUUUUAAAGAGUGAGUAUGAGUAGGGGUGGAAGUCUAGUCUUAUAUUCAGACUAAACUAGUAAAUUUACCCUCCCAGUAUUCUUUUCAGUGAAUAUAUUCUUUUUAAACUCAUCUCAGUAAUUCUCAUUCGUUUGUUCCAUUACCUUAUUACAGGUUAAAAGUGCCUAUGACAAGGACUUAUUUCCUAAUGAAAAGCAAGAGAG